AAUUGUGCUCGCAGCUAGUCGCAUUUGAAGUUUUGCUCCAGCUAUUUAGCUUGUCACGAUAAAAAAAACGGUUACUCGUGUUACUGGUGAAACCGUCAGGGUGAUAGUCGAACAAAAAAGGAACACCGUGAAUCCAACGGCCGUUCUGCUGGAUAGAUGCAAUCCUGCCGUUACUCUUCAGGAUGUGACAAUACAUGUAGCUACUGUUUGCUUCCUGAUAGUGGUAGACCGAGUGAGAAUUAAUCCUUCAUUUCGGUACGAACCAUACCGACACAAAAGCGCCGGAACACUGCUUAUGUAUGUAAGUUUGUUGUCUUGAUGUAUCAACUUGUUGCUUGAAAGAGUGCCGACUUCUGGAAUAUAAGUGAAAAGAUUCUAGGGAAGUGGAACCGCGCUGCAAAGGAGAAGAGUGUGAUUGCACAUACUGUGAGAAUAUGAAAAGUUAGCAAUUUGGAACGGAAAGAGGUAGAGUAUGCUACCUUAAGGUGAUAUCAUUCAGCUACCAGAAGGAUAGUAAAAACAUACACAGUAACAGGAAGGACCGGAGAAGAUUGCCCGUAGUUGAUGACUAUGAAUGGUCCACCAGAAACUAUGAGGAGAAAUCUUGUUUUACAGUAACGGAGAAUUUAUGGUCGCGUCAUGUCCCACGUCUGAAAUAUAAUCAAUAUGUCAAUUGAUGCUGCUGUAGCUGCUAGUGCUGGUGAUGCCUCUAAUGUCUUCAGUCGAUUAUCGUCUUCCGUUUCUGGCGUCGGAGGAGCAAGUUCGACAUUGGCUGCAAACGGAGGAUCCGGAGGCGGAGGCGAACGAACGCUAUAUUACUUCGAUGGUAACGAUGAUGACAGCACCGCGACUAAACAACAAUUGCAUAGCCUUCAACACCAACAGAGGGCACUCUUGUUGGGUGAGAACAUCACAACCUCCACAAUGUACUCCUCAAAGGACCCUGGCAUUUACAAUCCGGUAGAGGUGGAAAAUGAGACUGACUUCUUCUAUGUCAAUGGACCAGCCGUUGGUUAUGUAGAAGGCCACAAUGGCACUUUUCCGUACGGCGACGACUACUACCAGAGCUGCAUGGGAAUGUACGGCAACGUUUCCUAUUUGAACGUGUCCUGUGAAACAAUCCUCAAUUACAGUGUGCCACUCUACGGCUACUGUACUCCCAUCUUCAUCCUAAUUACACUGACUGCCAACUCACUGAUCGUGAUUGUCCUCAACAAGCGCAGCAUGGCGUCGCCGACCAACUUCGUGCUGAUGGCAAUGGCUCUUUGUGAUAUGUUCACCCUGCUAUUUCCGGCGCCCGGUCUUCUGUACAUGUACACAUUUGGCAAUCACUACAAACCAUUAUCGCCGAUUGCCGCCUGCUACGUGUGGAACGCGCUGAAUGAGCUUUUACCGGCAAUGUUCCACACAGCGUCCGUCUGGCUAACGUUGGCACUGGCCGUACAAAGGUACGUCUACGUUUGCCAUGCCCCCAUUGCCCGAACGUGGUGUACGAUUCCCCGGGUGAAAAAGUGCAUCGCCUACAUUUGUAUAGCAGCGCUAAUUCAUCAGAGUACCAGAUUUUUCGAUAAAUCAUAUAGUCUGGUGACAAUAGAAUGGAACGGCCAUUCAACGGAAGUGUGCCACACCGAGACCUCAAGCUGGGUGCAUGACUACGUGGGCGAAGAUGUGUACUACACUUUCUACUUUUCGUUCCGGAUAUUGUUCGUGCAUCUGAUACCGUGCGGGAGUUUGGUCGCGUUGAACGUGUUGCUGUUCAAGGCGAUGCGCCAAGCACAGCAGAAGCGCGAGCGCCUCUUCAAGGAUACCGCCAAAAAGCGUGAAUGCAAGCGGGUUCGGGACUCCAACUGCACCACAUUAAUGUUGAUAGUUGUGGUGACAGUUUUCCUAGUCGUGGAAAUACCACUUGCUGUGAUUACGGCCUUACACAUCAUCUCCUCGCUUAUUUACGAGUUCCUCGACUACUACAUUGCGAAUCUGUUUAUCUUGUUUGCGAACUUUUUCCUCAUCGUUAGCUAUCCAAUCAAUUUUGCAAUCUAUUGCGGGAUGUCGCGUCAGUUCCGUGAAACGUUCAAAGAAAUUUUCAUCAAAUCGAGCAAACAGAUACCAGGCGGAAAGAAGGAUUGUGCCUCGUCGCGGUAUUCACUGGUCAAUGGGCCAAGAACCUUCACCAACGAAACGGUGCUGUAAUAAACUGUAACUAUAGUCUUAUUUAGUCAAAUGUCAAAUAAAUUAGAGAAAGUUUUUGUCUCCACGUGUGUCAUGACUUAUGUAACGGUUGCGUGAAUUAUUGUUUGCUAAAUAGAAAACAAAUCUUUCGAAAAGCCACAGUAAAAUGAGUCAAAUCACUUUCAUGAUUUUCUUAUACCGUAGUAGUAAAUUAUUAAACAAAAGUAAGAACAUCCAGCCGACGACCGUUGCCCAACUCAUGAAUUAACAAACAAAAAAUGAAAAAUAGUUUACCAGAAAAAAAAUCCAACGCUCAGUACAAUUAAUAUUACCAAAAAAUGAAUAUGUCCUCUGGUAAUUACCAAGGUAACAUCGUUAUGAAGAGUGUUAAAUCUCAAUGA